GAAUUUGAAAAAGCGUGUGGAUGGCUCCGCCGUCCACUCAUUUUAAAAACCGCUGCCCCUCCGCCUUCGUCUUCCUUCCUCGUCCGUUCCGGCGUCCUCUCUCCCCCACCCCAUGCCAACGCCCACCCCGCCGUCUCCGUCCCCGUCUCCCUCUUCUGGAACUUGCCCUCUGCUCCGGAUCGGCGCGGGCCGUCGUUUUGCCAUGGCAUUUCCAUCUUGGGCGACUCUGUUCUUCGCCGGGAUGAUGGUGGUGUUGGCAGCGGUGGAAGCGGAAGCGGAAGCUGGAGGAGGGAGCGUCUGCUUCGACCGGAUGUUCGGUUUCGGGGACUCGCUCACGGAUACUGGCAACUUCCUGCUCUCCGUGCCUGACGACUUCCCGGACCCCGCGCGGAACCUCCCCUACGGCCAGACCUUCUUCGGCCGCCCCUCCGGCCGCUAUUCCGACGGCCGCAACCUGCUCGACUUCUUCGAGGCAUUUGGGUUGCCAUAUGUGCCACCUUACCUAGGCAGUGGGGACUUCCAGAAUGGCGCAAACUUUGCAGUCGGCGGCGCAACUGCUCUCAAUGGCUCGUUCUUCCGUGAGCGCGGUGUGGAGCCUACAUGGACGCCUCACUCCCUUGAUGAGCAGAUGCAAUGGUUCAAGAAGCUUCUCCCAUUCAUUGCACCAUCUGAGACAGAGCUAAAUGAAAUAAUGUCCAAGUCACUUUUGUUUGUGGGAGAGAUUGGCGGAAAUGAUUACAACCAUUUAAUCGUUAGGGAGAAAUCUGUUGAUGAGCUACAUGAAAUUGUUCCUAAUGUUGUUGGCGCCAUAAGCUCGGGCAUCACGGACCUUAUAAAUCUUGGAGCAAAGAAGUUAGUUGUUCCAGGGAACUUCCCAAUAGGGUGUGUCCCAUUAUAUCUUGCAAUCUUUCAGAGCCAAAAGGAGGGUUACUAUGAGGAACAAACAGGAUGCAUUAAGUGGCUCAAUGAAUUUGCUGAGUACCAUAAUAGGAUGCUUCAGGAGGAGUUGGAGAAACUCAGGAAUCUUCACCCUGAUGUAACCAUCAUUUAUGCUGAUUAUUACGGUGCUGCAUUGAACAUAUUCCGUGCCCCACUCAAGUUUGGCUUCACAGUCCCACUGAAUGCGUGCUGCGGAAGUGACGCUCCGUACAACUGUUCCCCUUCAAUACUGUGCGGGCGUCCUGGAUCUACAGUGUGCCCUGACCCAUCAAAAUACAUCUCAUGGGAUGGUCUACACUUCACCGAGGCGAGUUACAAAGUUGUCAUCCAAGGAGUACUAGGGGGGUACGCCAAACCUCCUCUUUCAGAAGCCUGCAAGGGUGCGGAGUUCAAAGUUUCUCAACUUCACCAAUGUACAGAUAAUCCAACAAACACCGUAUCAUACGAUGCCUUGAGCUCUUUUAUUUGAUCUGCUGAGCUCAAGUACUUUUAUAUUUGUGCUGGUAAAAAAAGUGCAGUUUAGAGUUACAGUGGGCAGUGUAGAUGCUGCAGGACCGGGUAUCUUGGACACUUCUCAGAGCGGAGAAGAGAUCCAUCGAUCUAGAGUCAUGUAGUUCUACAAUCAACUUGGCUGCUGGGAGGAGGUAAAAAAAGGUGGGGAUUUUGUAGUGUGGAAAUUUGCAAUAACCGAAGGGAUACAGGUGGUCAUACUGCUAUAUAGGAACCUAGAUCUAUGAUUCUGCUUCUGAGGGCAAUGUAUGUAGAUAUGGGCUCAGUUGCCUUUUAACAGAUACAUGCAUAUAUACAGUGUAAAUUUGUUGAUUCACAUUAACCAGGAUAAUAACCGUUGUCGAAUCCUUGACUUAGAUAUUAACAUUUUUUUUCUUUA